AUGACUAUCGGUAUUUAUUUACUAAUUUUAUUAAUUUUCUUUUAUAUUUAUCUAAGUUGUCUGCUAUAUAAACUUUUAAUUCGAAACAAAAAAAUUUCUCCAAUUGCCUCCGCCAAUUUGACGGGGGAAAAGACGAGGCUUUUUUUGUUUAACUUUUUCUUUUUCUGCCAUAUAAGCAGAAUUAUAUCUUUAAUAAUAUUAACAUUUUUAGACAUAAAAUAUAAUUCAAUUGAUUAUAAUACGUUAUUGUUAUUUCCCAAUUUUUAUUUUUAUUUAAUUUUACUUAAAACAUUUCCAACUUAUUUUUUUUUAUCAUCUUUUACAAUAAUAAUUGUAUUUUGGUCACAAGUUUACUAUGCAUCUAUACUAGUAUCAUUUCCUUAUUUGCAGCCAUUAUAUAUUUUUUUAAAUAUCUUAGUAUAUACAAUAAACAUAGUCUUAGCUAGUUUAACCUUUUUCAUGAAGACUUUUACUGAUUAUAUUUAUUAUAAUUAUAUUUUAGAAUCAAUUAUAGAUUAUUUAAUAGCAAUAGGUUUCAUUUAUUAUGGGAUUAAGGUAACGAAAAAGCUGAAGGAAAAGAGCAAAGGGAUUUCAAGAAAAAAAAGCAUUAUAAGAAGAAUACUGUCUCUAUCUGUUAUACUUUUCAUAAUUUUAUCAUUAAAAGGAUUAUAUUCUUUCUGGUGCUUUUUUAGUGAUUCAAAUUUUUAUAAUUCAUAUCUAGACUUACCCACAUCAGAUGCUAUAAUAUAUUUUAUAUCAGAAUGUAUCCCUUCUUUGCUAAUCAUUUCUACUUUUCAACCAAAUAAAGAAAAAAACACAUUAAACAUUCAAUACACUACUCCGUUGUGUUCUGAAACAUUUGAUCCAUAUAAUUUUGAAUUAAAAAAAAAAAAAAAAAGCCAAAAUAAACGAUAA